AUGUUUGUGCAGGGCCUGGGUUUUGUGCAGAGAAGCGCGUACAACAAGCGCGCCAAGCCGCCAGCCCUCCAGCCAAUCCAGGAAGAGUUCAGUGAGGUCUUCUGCUCGCAGGCCUCCUGGCUCUGCACCGAGACUUUUGACUGCUUGAAUCAUACGGGCAAACUCCAAAGCGAAGACAAGUUGGACAAGCAGAUUGCAACAGCAUCUGGCGAGCCUGACUUGACCUCCUGGUGCUACUUCCAGAGCAACUGGGACAAUGUGGUGAAGAGUUGCCUGGUAGAUCAAGAUCUCACACGCAGUGCUCACCAGGUUUAUCACCAGGUACUGCAGCAGCAUCCUCAAGAUGAAAACGAUGCAAAGUAUUGCUUCCUCAGCGGACAUUGCGAGGACCGCGAACUGAACUCAAACUCUACCAUGGAGGCAGCGACGAAAGUCUGCGACGAACGAUAUCCAGAACCUGAUGGAUGGAAGUCCGUUGGCUUUCUUGACGUGGAGAUGCAGCCCCUAAGCACCAAAGCCCAGGCGGAUCGGAUCUCAAAGAUAGCCUGCGCACGGGGCAGUUACCACUGCACAGUGGCUUAUUGUCAAGAGACAUACUGCAAGAUGGAUCAUUACGAACAAAUUGGCGGCCCUUCAGGCCAGAAAUGA